UUGACGACGUGUUGAUUGUGAAUAUAUUUUGAAAUAGGAAGCACACCGAUGUGUGGAAAUUUAACGGUCAAAAGUUUAACGUAUCAAAGCAUUGAAAAUUGAUAUGUAAGCACAACAGCUAAAACGUCCGGGCAGCAUUAUAAGGAGAAAAGGAAGGAGAAAGUUUUAACGUGAUUUUAUCCGACAGCUAUGAUGAAAACAUAUUGUUUUGACAAAAGUCUUCACGAGAGACUCAUGGAAUACACCAGUAUACUGUCAAAUUCAGAAAGGAUAUUACCUGCCUCGCAAAUCGAACAGGAAUGGAACUACGACACAGAGUUGAUAAUAGAGCCGGUCGGCUGGCAAGCCUUGUGGAAUGUGCCGUUUUCAGUAUGUGCACAAAACCAAGUUCAUUAUCCUUUGGUACUUUUGGUGGAGGUGUUGUCGACUGAAUGUUCCACAUUGUCCGCCUUGGUAAAAAUUAUAUGGGAUGAGAUGGAAAAAUAUCAAACAUUUCCCACAGAAUGCACAGUUAAAUUAAUCGAACUCUAUCCAACUAUUGAACAAAUAAACACUGCUUUGGAUGUCUUAGGUACUGCGCAUUGUAUAGAUAAAUUGCGAUUUUUCUUUACUUAUUUAUGGAUGCCGUGGGAUAAUGAGGAAGAUGAUAAUAUCGAUUGGGUGAGUCAGCACUUGGAGAGCAGGAUAAAAUUUGCCUAUGAUAUAAAGAGAGGAAUUAUUGAUAAACAAACUUGUGACCUGAUCAGGUCAUUGAUAAGAGAAGGAAAGCAAAUUUGGGAAAAAAUCUCAAAACUGGAGAAUCUAAUAAGCGAUGAUGAUGAAGAUAAAAAGCUAACGGCAAAUACAACAGUCGAAUUGAUGAAUCUUCAUUUCCGGCUUCAGCAAAUUAAAUCAGAGAUGGAUGUAUUGGAAAAUGCCACAAUGAGAGAGAUGGUUCUGAAAUAUCAAAAUUCUGUAGAGAAAAAUAUAAAGAGCAAAGAUGAAAAAAUUACAUGCUAUUUUGUGUGGCUGGAGGGUACGUUAAAAGAACUUCGAAAAACUUGUGAUCAAGUUGAAGAAAUGUUACCCAAUGACUUAUCUAUUAAAAUUUAUGGAUGCUUGGAUGAAACUUUGCAUACAUGUAAGUCAGGCGAUAUUGUUAUGUUAGGUGAAGGGAAACAUAUAAUUAAUGGUGCUGAUGGAUUAGAAACAGGUGGCAUAAUUAAAGGAAUAAGUGAUGCCAGGUGUACCAUUCUUCAUCCAAAGGACUUGAACAGCUCAUCAACUUUGCUUGAUUUUUCUGAUAGUUCUAACGAGGUUACAUUGGAAAAUGUCUGCGUAAGUCUAGGAGAACUUCCAAUAGGCAUAAUUGUCAGAAGUGGAGUUGUAAGGAUAAAACAUUGCAUAAUAUCUAAUCUGAACUCAAAACAGAAAAUUGUCCAAACGGGUAUAGUUGUUAUGCCGGGUGCGACAUUAAUAAUUGAUAACACAAAUCUCGAGUAUUUAGGAACUACUGUGCUUAUUUGCACAAACGGCAAGGUUAUUAUGAAUAACUGUAACAUCCGUGCAUGUUACUUGGGUAUACAGCUUACUGAUAAUUCCAGUCUUAUUGCAAAUAAAUGUGUUUUCGAUAAUUGUCUCGAAUAUGCUAUACAAAUGGAUACUGAUAGAGAUAUACCCAAUGAAGCAAGACAUUUGUACUAUAAUGAGAUACCGGAUGACAUGUCAGAAAUUAAAUUAAGUGAAUGUCGCAGUAUCCAAUCAAGUUUUAAGGAUAUCAUUUUAAAACCAAAACGUGUCGCAGCUAUGACAGAGUGGCUAGAUGUCAAUGCGAUAAUAUGAUAUGAUUGCAUAUUAUUUGUUAUCAUAAAUUGUUUGCAUUUUGUACAGAAUAUAUUGUUUAAAAAAAGUAGAUUGCAUAAACGUUUG